UGUUUUGUUUAGGGUUUUUUUUUUUUGCAUUUUUAGUUUAAAAAAAAAAAAGCUUAAAUUAUAAAUUGAUUUUCAAAAUUGUUACCUAAAGGCCCAACACGAUUUAAUCGGGUUAGAGUUCAGACUGACUUAGAUUUAGUUAGUCUUGUGUCACUUGCACUCUGGCACUAUAAUAAAGUCCAGCCCUGAAAAGCCUGAAAAGCCUCACCCACACAGCUUCAGGUAUGAGGAGCAACAAUAUUCAAUAAAUGAAACUGAAAGUUAGACAGAGCACCAGCAGAGCAGCAGACGAGUCUGACUGAUUCUCUCUGAAGAAAAACUGAACUUGAGGUUUCUCAACUUUUCUCUCAUCGACACAGUCUCUGCCAAACACUGAUCAUGUCUACUGGCAGCGGUCUGCUGACUGAGGAUCACAGAACCAACUUCAGCAGCUCUGAGAGAAAGGCUCAAAGUGACGUCUGCCCUGGAACCAGACUGAUGGCCCUGAUGUUCUGCCUGGUGUUCCUGGUGUGUGCCUGCAUGCUGCAGGUGGUUUUAGACCACAAGACACAUGACGUUUCCCCGAAAAAAGAAUUCGGAGAAAAGGAGCCCAAGCUGGUGAGUACAGAGGCUGAACUUCAGCAGAUGAUCCAGAAGAAUCAACUGAAGCUUCACUUGAUCAAACACUCGGUGGAGCUCAGUAACGAAGUUGCAGAUGGAGAAAUAGCAGACGCUGUUGAGGUCUUCACCGCUCUGAAGGAGUCUAUUGAGAGAAGUGAGGCCAAACUCAUCAAGAUGAUCAAAGAGAAGAGAAGAGCAACAGAGACACAGGCUGAAAGCUUCAUCGAAGUGCUGGAAGAAGAAAUCUCUGAGUUGAAGCAGAGGAAGAUGGAGGUGAAGCUGCACUCUGAGGCUCAACUGAAGGAGACACUCGGUAAAGAGAUGAAGAAGCUGCUGCACAAAGCAGAGCUAAUGAGGGUCCAGGAUUACGCAGUGGACGUGACACUCGAUCCUGAUACAGCACAUCCCAGGCUCAUCCUGUCUGAUGAUCUGAAACAAGUCAAACAUGGUGAUGUAAUGAAUGAUCUCCCACACAACCCGAAGAGAUUUACUGAUUGGCCCUGUGUCUUGGGGAAGCAGAGUUUCUCCAAAGGCAGAUUUUACUACGAGGUUGAUAUUAAAGAUCGGGGUGGGCUCGGGGUGGUCAGAGAGUCGAUCGACAGAACGAGCAGCUCUUUGGAAACCAUUCAGGGUGGAGCCUGGAUGAUGAGGUUGUUCAAUGAAAGAGCUUACUUCAAUGUUGCAGACUCUGUAGUCAAACCCUCUCUAAAAUCAAAUCUGAGAAGGUGGGGGUGUUCGUUGAUUAUGACGAAGGUCUGGUCUCCUUUUAUGACGUCAACACUGCAGCUCUCCUUCACUCCUUCACUGGCUGCUCCUUCACUGAGAAACUCUACCCGUACUUCCAACCCUUUUAUAAUGAUGAUCUGAUCAUCUCUCCUGUCAUCCCUCAAUGAGAAGAAAAGAUUCAUUCCUUUACUGAGGUUUCACUCAGUAAAAAUAAAUCAGUUCUUAAUGCAGAUAAAACUAAAUUCAUGCUUUUCAAAAGUGAUUUUUAAAAUGCUCAAAUGAUUGGAUUACAUUGCAAGUGGCAGCUGUUUUUUUUAACUUGCAAAAAACCUAUAUUCUCACUUUGUACCUGGAACAUGCAGAACAAUCUAAAGCUUACAUUAUUUUUAUCCUUAGGGCAUUUAAAAUCCUUAAAGUCACCUGAUUUCACAUCCAGAUGUUCUUCUUCUAGCUGAUUGUUGGUGCCUUGAAUUUUUACUGUAAAUGAGGUCUGUACCUCAAUGUGUUUCUGAAUUAAAAUAAAGGUUAAAAAAAGGAGGAAAAAGCA